AUGGCUCUCGUACAUAACAAUCUCGGCCAGAAUCUACUGGAGGGUUGCUGCCAGGAAGCUGCACGAGUCCAGACAGUGACGAGAGAACUGGAACACCUUCGGAUGGCCCUUCCUCUACAGUACCAUGCACAUAUGAUUUUGCUGAUAGAUGGACUGCAAACCACUCGCCAUCGUCUUGGGGAUAUAAUCGACAGCUCGCAGUUAUACAUGAUUCGCGUCGAAGUUAUUAUCGAGUACCUGAAUAUUGUCCUUCCGUGCUUACAAAGGACCCUCAUGGAUAUCGAAAGGUACUAUAACGACAAGACGCGCAGUAAGAUCAACAGAUGGAGGGCGAUGUAUCAUGAGAUGGGCGAUGAACUCCCUGGCACGACACUGCCCUCGCGCUUCAUCAUGUACAGCCAAUUUCUAGAACUCCUCGGACUUUUGCUCACAAAAUCUCCAAACUUUAACAUGAAUACCUUGUACUCACUGGAACAUCGAAUCAUGCAACUGAGGGAAGUAAGGAACAUUCCGCCUCCAAGUCCGAUCGAACGCCCAGUACUCAUGUGGCAUGAUUCAGUGGAAUUCUGGGAAGAACAAACGAACUCGCAUUGGGCCGAGUCGAUAUUCACGAGACUUCCACCAACACAUACCAUUCUAGAAGAACCUAAGAAUCCCAUUUCUCAAGCCUUUGGACCUUUUCAACGACUUGGCCAACCACUCAUCUCUCCUGCUGCCAAAAUACUAGUCAAGCGAUCAUUCAACGAUGAACAACUCUCAGUGACCUUUUUCCUUGAAGGCUACGAUGACAUACCACAUGUCUUUGUUCGCACUGUUACAGGUGGACAGCCUUGGGUCAGCGUUCUUGGUGCUCAUAACCUUUGCAUAUCUCGUCAUGACAACGCAACAUUGAAUUUAACACGAUGGAGCUUGAAUGAGCGCCGCAGUAAGAUAUGGGCAGCCCUUAAGUUCAUCACAUAUGAAGAAAUGGUCCUUUUCUACUGCACGUUCAUUUGUUUGAAAGCUAGAAGUACGCAAACUAUGAACAUGGAUCCAUUAGAAAACUCGAUACGUUUCGAGAGACGGCCUUGUUCUGCCACUAUACAUGAUGACGGCUUUCACCACACUCUAUCCGUGUACAAGGAUACCUAUACGGGCCGAUGCCGACUUCAUGCAACCGUACACGACGGAGACCUCAAAGGCUGCCCAGUCUGGACAGCAUUCCUGCCUACUUGGUCAGUCAGAUCUAGACCUGGCUGGUUAAUAACCUCGCGUCAGACCAACGCGCGGAACAAAAUACGGAUCAGGAAUAUCUACCCUUAUAUCUUUUGCGAAUCUUAUCGAGCUCACAAUCAACGCAAAGGGAGAAGAGGAGACUUUGAACUCUGCUUUGCCACCGAGAGCGGUAUGUACAUACUAGGAGAUGAGGCAGUACUAAUGCUAAAAAUAACAUAG